AUGGAGAAAAUGAUCCUCAAGAACGUGGCCGCGUCGCGCAACAGCACGAAGAACCGCGCGCAGCAGAUUGUCGAAGCGCUCAAGAAGAAGCGCGUGCUCGAAGAAGAAGCCGCAGCGGCCGCCGCUGAUGCUGCCGACGCACCAGACGCCGCCGCACCAGACGCAAUGGACACAGCUGAGCAGCGCGCGCUCAAGAAGCGGAAGAAGCAGACAGUAGCACUGUCGUCAUCGGCGUCGCCGCCGCGGCCGUCCGCGAGCAACGUCUCGGCCCGUACGGCGCUCGCUGCGGGUAUCCUCUCGCCCGCGCGGCCAUUCGGACCUCGCGCAGCAGCUGCUGCUGCUGCUCCUCCUGCAGCGUUUGUGAGUCCCCCUCGACGGCCGACGCCGUUGCGGCAAAGCCCAACGACGCUGCUACGUGCGAGUCCCGCGCGCACUCAAGACGCUGUUAAGCCGCUGCACUUGCCAAGUCCCGUACGGCCCCCGCGGAGCGCGGUCCAAGCCAGUCCAGCGAGGCUAAAGUCGCGCAGCGGCGCAGGCAUUGCGGCGAGUCCGUUGCGGAGACGUCAGGAGCUGCUGUCGAGUCCGUUGCGACGUGGCGCCCCGUCGCCCAAGCGGCCGCUGGUGUUUGACGAGACGACGACCGAGACAGGACGAGCCACGAGAUGGACGGGUCAGCCGCCGCCGCCGCCGCUGUUGUGCGCGGCGCUGGACCAGAUCGAAGCAGAGACAGCGGCCAGGACGAUGAAAAGCGUGACGAAACAGACGGCCAAGUCGCCGUUCCAGUCGUUCCAGGCCAAAGUGAAGCAGUCGCCUGCGAAACUUGCAACGAUGGCGAGCAGUCCAGGAAGUGGACGGGAACAGGACAGUCAGCUGGUACGAAAUGGAGCAGUAGCGAGGAGGCCGCGCGCUGGACCGACGUUGGUGGACCUAACACAUGCAGGGGACGGUCGAUUGUUGGACGGUAUGACUACAUCAAAUGCAUUGUCGUUGCAACCGACAGUGUUGAAUGCCACGACAGCUGGAGCUACUAGCGGAGGUGGUGCUGCUGCUGCUGCUGCUGCUGCUGUGGGUGUUACACCGUCGCUGUCCAAGCCGAUGCGCAAGUUUCUGUCGUCUUCUUCGUGCCCUGUCGUUGCACAGCGAUCGAUCUGCUUUUCGACGGAAGGCGUGGCAACGGCGCUGGACGUGACGCCGGACGGUGAAAUCAUUGUCGUUGGGUUCAUGGAUGGCUCGGUGCGGUUGUAUGAGAUGGACAGCAGUGUUUCCAGUGAUCGCCACGGGUAUCUGCUUGGCCACAUUGACGAGCAGUCUGCACAGGGCGCGUCUAGUGCUCACUUGCGAGUGAAAAUCUCGUCGGAUGGUCGCUAUGUCUUUGUGGGAUGUCGACAAGGCCCGCGUGUUGUCAUGAGCAUCAAUUUGAACCACUACCGAAACGUAAAAGACGGCGACGAUGACGAUUUUCAGCAAUGCCAUAAGCACUUCCAUUCGAACGGCAGACUCCGGGGGUUUGCAGAUGUGACCACGUACGUUCCACAAGCCGACGCUGGCCGUAACGGGCAGGAAGAGAGAAGAAACAAAAGAUCCGCGUAUUAUAUUCUGACUGGUCUUGGCGUUGGCUACCUGAACUUGUGGCGCUUUGUGGAGCCCGAACAACAUCAGCAAGAGCCUAUCUGGGAACACUUGCAAAAUUUCAGCGCUGGAGGAAAUACAGCUACUACAGCAGCCUUUCUGCCAUCGAGCAUCUCCCCGGGCAUGUUGGCCAUUGCGGCAGUUUGUAAGGACAAAAACAUCCGUAUGUGGCCGCUCGAAUUUACGAGAAAGUCGACCGUGAAGAGCAACGAUGACUGUGCUGCAGAAGCCGAUGACACUGGAUUUCUUGGAGGCAAUCACGCUGUGAAGUCUCACUUCAACAUCCCGAAUACCUCGGAUAUCAUUGCCAUGCACGGUCAGCACGCGUACGGUAUAUCACUCAUGGGUGCAGCAUACCGGAUCUGCUUUCCAGACUCAUCGAACUUGACCUCCAGCUCGAUGGACCAAGCCCCUCGUCAGGAGUUUGAGCUAGAAAAGAUUGGCGGCGGUGGCGGUAGUACGUCGCGUCGAUCCAACAUCAUGCUUGAGUCACUUUCGGCAAGCGAUGACGGCAAGGCGAUUAUUGCCGUCUCUACUGAAGGUAUUUUCUACUACUCGAACAAGCUACCUGACGUAGGUUCUUGUGAGGUGGCAGGCCUGCGCAUUAUUGGCAAGAAUGCCUCGGAGAAUGCGCUCUUUAAGACGCCAAUGAAGGUGUAUACUCCACUUAUCACUACGAAAGGCAAGAAGGUACAGUCUGAAGCGAUGAUGGCCGUGGUGACAAAUCCGAGCAGCGAGGACAGCGAGAACGAAGACGGCUACAUAAAUGUCGACCUCACGGAAGUAUUUGCAGCGCGAUGGAUGGUCCCGAGUCGUGGAAAUAGCUGUUGGGUAUGUGGAGUCCGUAACACGAGGCACUGGGUAGGACCGCCGGAGUCAAAGACUAGGGAACCAGUGCGUGCCCGGCUAUCUGCUGCCGAGCAGAAAGAAGAGCUGAAGGUUCAACGCCGACGACAACGAGCCCUGAAGCGAGCGAAGGAUGCCGCUGAGAGACAGAAAACAUGCAGUCCUGCCGGUGACCAAGAAACGCCGAGAUCUGCUAAGACCAAGACAGCACCUUUGAUGAGCGCUAAGAAGACAUCCGUGCGGAAGCAUACCGACGCUCGCCCUGUUGCUAGCGCAGACGAUGGUUCCGAAGCAGCUCAGUCAUCACCUAGUAACGUGCGCCAAAGCGGUGGUGUUGACAACGAGGAUGACGAGGAGUACACGGGCAGCGACGACAGCAGUCCUUCGGUUGCUUCCCUUCUCAGCGAGCUUGAGCACUUCAAGAAGCGCAAUGCAGAGAUCAAGACCGAGUGGCAGCGACGGCUGCAAGGAGAGCGGCAGCUUCGUCGCAAGUGGAAGCAGCGCGAAGAAGAGUUUCUCGACCAGCUCAACGAUUCGUUGACGAAACUGGAUGCUGCAGAGGUGGAAGGUGACCGUCUUCGAGUGCUACUGCGCGACGCCGAAAAGCGAUUUGCGUUUGAGAAGGCAAGUGCAGAGCAGGAGAAUUCGGUCAAGGCGAGGUACGAGCAGCUCUGCGAGCACAUGAACGAUAAGUUGGCGCUCGUAGCCGACCAGAAGCGCUUGUUGGAGCAGACGACUCGUAGCUUGCUGGCCGAAGUGGACCGCAAUGUGCACGCGCUAAAGAAUGCGGUGGUGCUCGAGAAGAGCGAGUGCGUGGUAUGCAAGGACCAGCAAGCAGUGACUGCCGUCGUGCCUUGCGGCCACUUGUGUUUCUGCGAGGCGGACGCCGAGACGUAUCGCCGCAACUGCACGUCGGAGUACCCCACGUGUCCAAUUUGUCAGCAGGAGAUUGUCUCGCUUCUGCGAAUUUACACUUGA